GUGAAGACUGUGGAAACAGUGGUGGGAGGUGUAGGAAACAGAGCGCCCGAACCGUCCUUAUGAGGCAGGGGAUGAGGAAGAAUCAGGAAGACUCCUGUGUAUUUAUAUGUUAUUUGAUCUUAUGUGUAUUAUUCUGACAGGUCUUGAUGCGUUACAAAAAAAGCGACGUAAAUUACUCUUGAACAUUCUUGAACCCAUUUUCUGGAUUGCUUCCUGUUGUUUGGACAUCAUGAAACCCACGUCUUCUACAUCUUUCGACCCACAGGACCCAGACGGUCCAGGACCCAGACGUACCAGUCGGAAUGAAUGAAGGGAACAUAGGAGAAUUCCCAGACGAUGCACUCCUUUGCUCCAAAGACAAUCCUUUGGAAUUCUCUCUUGGAGUUGGUUCACCAUACGUGUUGCUCCAUGGAAAUCGGCUUGAGCAGUCGGUCCAUCAGUCGCUUGGUCCGCCAUGCCUCGCUUUGUCAUUCCGGGCAAUCCCAUCGAGGUGGCUUAUGGCUAUGAGGAGGAUCCCGGCCUCGCGAACGUCUUCCUCUCCGUCUACGACCAACGCCUCAGGUACGAUAGCAGUGCCUCCAAGGAAGUGAACGAUGUCACACACCAGGUCGGUCCUGGAGAUGGCGGGGGUUGCUAUUUGGAUCUUCACACCGGCAGAUUCGGCUUUGGAACCCAAGUGGAUGACCAGACUAUGGCAGUGUACUUGAAGCGUUUUGGAGUCACAGAGGAGGAGGUUGAGUCUUUGCCGUUGAGGGUGCCAAAGCCGCAUGUGACCAGCAGCCUUGCUCAAGUUCGCCAAGGUGCCUGUCCAAUGUGCAGGAAGCCUGGCACCAAAAGAUGUGGCAAGUGUGGGUCUAGAGCCUAUUGUUCUGACACGUGCCAACGAAAGGAGUGGAGGGUUCACAAGGCGUUUUGUUCUCUUCACCCUUUCCCAAGCAAGCCAGCCGGCAUGCGCGUGACCGCAAUGUUGCUCCCAGAGAAGGAGAAGCACCCGCGCAUCAUCCACGUGGAGCUGCAAAAGCAUCUUGACGAUGAUAUGGAUGAGGGGGUAUACCGGGUAGUACACCUGCCCUUUUUGAAUCCAUACCUUGGAGAUGACGAGUCUGCUGGAGGCAUUUGUAGCCAGUUCUUGAAGGGACAGCCAAUCGCUCAUUUGGCACAGCCGAUCCACUUGCGCUACCGUGAUAGCUUCAUGCUUGAUGGAUCAGCAGAGAACGCUUGCAUCGCCAAGCUUUUUGGAGCUCUCUACGAGGGUGACACGCUGGGUGCAGCGCAUGCUGCCUUGUGGAGAGGUCCAUUGGUCGCCUUGAAAUCCCAACCCAUCCCAACUUCAGAGUCCAUGGAUCCCGACUAUGUUGAUCUUCACAUGGCCGAUGUGCAUGAUGUUCUUGAGCUUUUGAAGCAAUAUGGUCUUGCCCGCAUGUCCAGCAAAGCAUAGAGUGAAGCUGGGCAUGGGAUGAGCUGGCUCCACUUGGCAAAGCGUUCAAGGACUGAUAUGAGUGCCCCAUGGUGGAA